UAUUGUAUUUCCUGUGCACACAUAUGCAAAAAUGCCAUCCAUUCAUCCCAGUGCAAUGCCCUAUCUACCUAUCCAAUCCCAAUCCACCUGAGCGAGAGAGAGAGAAAGGGUCUCCUCCUCAACAUCAACAAUGGCGGUCGCAACCUCCUUCGCCACACUCGCCAUCGCGCGGCCGGCGGCGGAGCGGGCCCUCCUCGCCUCCAAAACCCCCUCGCCGCUCCUCUCCAUCCGCACCGGCACCGGCACCGCACGCCUCCCCUCAUCGGCCGUCUUUGGAGGUUUCACUCCUGCGCUUUCCGCUGCUCACAGCCGCGCGCGCUUCGUCUCCUCCGCCACCGCUGACCCCAAGGAAGUGGACCUCCAGUCCAAAAUCACAAACAAGGUGUACUUUGACAUAAGCAUCGGAAACCCUGUUGGGAAGAACGUUGGGAGGGUCGUUAUUGGCCUAUACGGGGAUGAUGUUCCCCAGACCGCAGAGAACUUCCGUGCUCUUUGCACUGGAGAAAAAGGGUUUGGUUACAAGGGGUCCAGUUUCCACCGUGUCAUUAAGGACUUCAUGAUUCAGGGAGGAGACUUUGACAAGGGCAACGGUACUGGAGGGAAAAGCAUAUAUGGCCGGACCUUCAAAGACGAGAACUUCAAAUUGGUUCAUACUGGACCUGGAGUGGUCAGCAUGGCCAAUGCUGGGCCAAACACCAAUGGCAGCCAGUUCUUCAUCUGCACUGUCAAGACACCUUGGUUGGAUGGGAGGCACGUCGUGUUUGGGCAGGUUAUUGAAGGCAUGGACAUCGUUAAGAUGAUCGAAUCGCAGGAGACUGACAGAGGGGACCGCCCGAAGAAGAAGGUGGUCAUCAGUGAGUGUGGGGAGCUUCCAGUGGUCUAAUAGGUGCCAGAGGGCUAAUCUUCUUCCCCCGGAGACUUUGCUGUUUUUGGUUUCAUAGUAAGCUGUGAACUUAUCGCAUGUUCUCCGCGCAGUCAGAGAUCAUGCUGAGUUGAGGCCAAGAUUUCUAAGUUGAGAAGAAUCCUCUAUUGUUCGGCUGGAAUAAAACGUUCUUACCUGUCGAGGGUCAGGAAAUAAUGUUGUGGUUCAUGAAAGAUCAAAUGUCUGUCUUUUCGUGCAUACGCAGACUAAAGUUACUCCUUUCCCAAUA